AUGGCCGGAGUAGAGAACGCAAAAACGAAGAAAAUCUAUGCCCCGGAGGUGGAUAAGACCCGCUAUCGGCGGUACACGGUGAAGGAGGACAUGAUGAUGAUAAAGUUUUUUAUAAAAGAGUAUAAAGCUGGUAACCCGGCGGCCCAAGUCAGACAGAGCUUACGGUUAUGGGAUCUGUUUGUCAGGGAAAAGAACUGGGACCGAUUGUCGGUGGCUGUGGAGUCUCAGUGAGUUUUUUAUUUACAUUGAUCCCAUGAUUAGUUUGGAUGACAGUUCUCCAUUAUUAAUCGAAAAAUUUCAGUUUCCGAAAGCGAAUUCUCAAAAAGUUGUUCAAGUUUGAUAUAAAAGCCAAAGAUAUGUUUCUUAUUGCGCGUCAGUUUGAGCUCACGUUGACUGACGGCCAGAAAAAAUCGUAAGUUUAUUUUUUUUUUUUUUAUAUAUAUAUAUGAAAUGUACAACAAGUUUGAUUAUUUUCUUUAUAAUAAUUUUCAGACUGGAGGAAAGGUUCAACUGCAAAAUAAAAACGAAUGAGGCUGGAGUGCUCCUUGAGGCCUAUGACUGUAAGAGUGGCAAACCGUUGCAUAUACGGAAAGUACGCCUUCCACAAGUUGAAGAGCCAAGAGAACCGACUGUGGAGCCGAAUCCGCCCCGGGAAUCAAGAGAGUCAUCAGUUUCGUCAAGAAGAAGAAAAAAAGAGGCAUCCCUGGAUCAAAGGUAACAAAGAUUGUUGAAUAAACUGGCUCUAGAGGCGGCAAUCAUAUGUUUUGUUAGUAUAUAUUACAAUCCCUUACGUAAUGCUUUCAGUCCUGCCGCAACUAAUCCAAAGCGCCCAAGACUUGAUGAUUAUGACAAUGCCCAGACCUAUGCUCCUCCUUCUGAACAUGGCGAGGAAGAACCUAACCAAACAACUCGGGAGAUGACACCAGGAAGUCUGGCGGAGUAAGUUUUUUCUUCUGACUUAUCACUACAAUUUGCUCAUUAUUUUAAUUCAAAAUUUCUUCAGAAGUUUCGCCGCAGCUGAUGAGAAUUCUGAUGACGAAUUUCCGGUCCCAAGAUAUCUUCCAAUUCGUCCAGCAGUAGCUCAGAGAGCUCAGAUUGACGAGUCAUCGGUGUACGAGCGUGUCAGAAGGUCUCUUCAGCACCGACUAGAAGCAAUCUUUGACGGAAAUCUAGCGCCAGAAAUGCUGGAUGACAUGCCGUUGUUUCAGGAAGCUGAAGGGUGCACCGAGAUGAUUCAAAUGGUAAGGAUUGAGUUUUAUCAUUUUUUUUGUAUUUCCUCUGUUUUUCGUAUCUUAUUUUAAUAUUAUUUCGAAAACUUAUGGGUUCUAUUUUUAGCUCAAACAAAUUACGAUGACGAUUUUCAAUGGGUCUGAAGAGGACGUGGACAACUUUGAUGAGAGAUUUGGAGCUCUGCAGAUUGAGCCAGCCUCUCCUCAAAUGACUUCCACUCCAUUAAACAGGGAUCGGACCUCCAUGAGACAUUUUCUCAAUGAUGUUACGGUAAGUACUGUUUCAAAUUGACAUAUCACUUCUAAUAAAGACUUGAAGGUGAUCUUUAAGCCUUGAAAAAAAAUUUAUGCAUAAAAUUUUCUAAUCUUUCAGAAUGAUGCCGAUGCAACUCUCCGUAUGACUUCCCCUGUCCAUGCUCAUCGUUUGCCGGAAGAUUUCGACCAAGACGAACAUCGAAAUAUUGUUAACGAUGAUAUUAAUCGGACCGCUGAGCCACAAGAAUUUAUGGAAAAGAGUCCAGGGCCACAAGAAUCUCCGGAAAACAAUCAAACAGUUGAGAUGCAAGAAUUCGAGGAAUAUUUAGAAAAAAAUCAAGAAUUAGAGCCACAGGAGUUUGAGAAAAAUAAUUCUGCAAUUGAGCCGCAACAAUUUCAAGAACAAGUCAUUGUCGGAGAACCUGCAUCAAAUUUGGGUAUAUCUCAUCAACCUUUGCAAAAGACUUUGCCUACAACACCCAUUGAGAACAGAAUCCCUGAAGUGGAUUCUUCAAGCAGAACAGACGUCGGCCUUUCCAGGGCUCACCUUAGCUUUCCACGGCCAGCUGAAGAUCAAGUCCUUGAGUUCCUGAGGAGAAUGGCGCGGAAGACCAAGUAG